AUGUCGGGAUGCUCGCGCCUGGUACGGCAGCGCGGGAGGAUCGGAGCAGCGCUGUCCCGACCAGCUCAGGCGUGGAGCGACAGAAAGCCAAAGGUCGGCAAGCUGCUGCGCGACUGCCGCACUACCUGGAGGAUCCACCUCGAGGGUCCUGGUGGCCCUGCCCGGAUUGAAGUUCGCUCACCGUCUUACGGAGACAAGAAGCUCUUUCGUGGCACCGUGCGUCGAAUCAAAACUUCUCCUGGACUUGCAUCGGAUGUACAGGCUUUGGCCAAGCUGCCCCUGCCACGGGCCAACGUGGACUUGACAGGUCAGCUUGCGAGACUAGAUCCGGAACCAGGACUGCAAAAUGUCAGCUGUGGUGUCGACCUUGUGGCCACCGAGGACUUUCCCAUACUUUGUCGUCGUCUCCGUCGUUUGCCUCUUCGACAACUGGCCGUAGCUGUGUCACCCGCCUUCUCCGCAGCACUUUGCCGUCGCAUGCCGCCCGAGCAAGCAGGAUCAGCAAGCGCGCGACUUUGGGCGGCCGUGUCCCGGCGGGUCGUCGUAAACUCUGCUCAGCUCCCACUGUUGUCGUUGGCCUUCGCUUUACCUCGGCUGCAGAGCCUGGGACACUUAGCCAAGGUCUCCGCUCUCAGCAAGGUGGUCCGCGGUCUGGCCAGACAGGCCCAGGCCUCCUUGCUUCCAGAGCGCCAGGAGGCAGAAGAUGCACUUGCCCCCCUGCUGAGAUGCUGCAAGGUGCUUCAGUUGCAGCUGGCUAUUUCCAAGCCCCGAGCUGCGCAGCUUUUUGCAGGACGACUGCAUCAGGCCCUGGCCCGGCGACUGCCGGUGGUUUUGGAAAAGGCGCCGGCCGCUCUGGUGCUCCCCUGGUUGGAGUACUACGCAGAGCACGGCCUGGUAGAUCACGGCAACGUCGCCGUGUGGGAGCAUGCGGGCAAGGCGCUCCAGGCGUCUUUCAUGUCGGAGGACGAGGAGGCCCGGCUCUUUCAGAUCCAGGAGCGCGUGCCGCUGUGGGUGGCCGAAUGCCUGCCGAUGGUAUCCAGACCGUCGAGCGCGAUUGUGCCACUAGCCAUGGCAGCUAUGGUGGAGGAGGAGCUCACCGAUGCGCUGGAAUCGGUGCCUGAAACAGGCGAUGCAAGCUUGGCUUCGCCACGGCCGCCGUCCAUGUCUCCGCCAAUGUACCAGAAGUCGCCGCCGGUUCCGGUACUUUGGCACAUCUCGCCGCAAAACUACCAGCGGCGCGUGUCGCGAUUGGACACCAGACAGCUGGUGUUGGCUCUCCGCUAUACAGCUGCUGACGGUGCAGGCCUUCUGGCUGGUGGCAGCAGCACGGACCCUGCUGCGCAGAGGGCACUCACUUCAGCGACCGGACAGCUGCCGCGGCGGCACCGAAGCCGCAGCCGUGCAGAGCAGUUUGUUGGUGCCCUGCUGGAGGAGCUCGUGGAGAGGGUUCCAAGUUUGAGGCCGGCGCAGGCUUGCUCCGCCGUGAAGAGCAUCGCCGCGCUGAAAGCGCUCGCGGGCGAUCCGCUCGCGUCCUCGGCGCUGGAGGCGCUCGCGUCGGGCCCGCUCGCUGGGUGGAAGAUCGCCACGACUUUGAGACCCUGCGACGUGGCGCUGUUGCUGCAGGGUUGGUCGGAGCUCGUCGCGGAGGAAGGCUCAGAGGCCGUCACCGAAGCAGCUCGGCGCCUGCUCCGUGGCGGCGCGGCUCCGAGGCUGCUGGCGCUCUCCAGCUGUGCCCUGCAGGAGGCCGGGGCGCCGCCGUCCACGCUCCGCUCCAUGUGCGCCGGAGCCGCUCAACUGGCGAUCUGGCAGCGCUCGGAAGGCAACGGCAGUCUAAACGCGGAGAUGCAGCGCGUGGCAGCGUGGGUUCUAACAGUCGCGCUCAUGCUGCCCGGGCUCAAGCAGUCAGCAGCCAUCGCUGGGGUGGUAAAUUCAGAAGCAAGAGCACUGCAACUGCAAGCACGGACAGCAGCAUUUGCAGUUGACCAGCCUACACGUCGUCAGGGCAUGCAAGAUGAUGUCUCGCUCUCUGUCCUGCCGUCGCCGUCACCCUCGUCACUCAAGCAGCCCGAGAUCGCUCAGAUCGCCUCCGGAUCCGGUGCGGAUGCUGUGAAGGUGCUGCGGACUGCGGCAGGGGCCGUCGAAGGCGACGCCGCCGAAGGUGAUGGCAGCACGACCGGGGAGGCUUGGAGUCCCUACUUCAAGGCACAUGGUCUUGAUGAGCUUCUGCCGGAACUGGUGAGAGAGCUUGCGGCAGCAGAGCCUUCGGACCCGUACCAGUGGAUCAUCAGGCACCUCGUCCAGAAGAAGCGGGAGAACGAGACUCCGACUGGUGCAGGCAGCUCGGAGGCGUCGACCAGCAAAGCCCGCAAGAAGAAGGGAGGCAUUCGCGUAAACUCCAGUGCUUGCCUGCGGCGCUCUUGCAAGCCGCUGCUGGACAUAGUCUGCGGCGAGGACUCUUGCUGGGAGCAAGUGGAGGAUGCCUCCGGAAGUGCCAAGAUUUACUUCGUUUGGAGCGGACAGGCUCUGUUGCAGCGUCUCUGCCAUCCUGGGGCAACGGAGAAAGUGCCACGGCUGCCGAGCUCAGCCUGGGUGAACCGGCUUCCUGGGAUGGGUUGCAUCUGCGACAAAGUGAAUAUGGCACUGGCGCUACGUCUUCUGCAAAAGUUGUGGCCGCAGAAGUUCCGGUUUUGGCCCAAGAGUUGGCUUUUGCCCGCGGAAACCGACGAGCUGUGCGGGUGGCUGGACAAGCACAAGGGAAGCACCGUGAUCGUGAAGCCGGAAGGCGGCUCUCAAGGCGAGGGUAUCUUCCUGGUCCAAGACGCAGCCAGCCUUCGGCUGAAGCUCUCUGCCAAGGCCCACUACGGCGCAGGUUUCGGGGCCCUGGCUCAACGCUACUUGCCCGAGCCGCUGCUCUUGGACGGCUUGAAGUUCGACCUGCGGCUCUACGUGGUGGUGAUCUCCUUGGAUCCACUGGAUGCCUACAUGUGCAAGGAAGGCUUGGCACGAUUCUGCACUGCCAAAUAUGAAGAACCCACCGCGGCAAACGCAAAUGAGGUCUACAUGCACCUCACGAACUAUUCUGUGAACAAGAAGUCGACCUUGUUCAAGGACGAGGAUCCUUUCGACGUGCAUACGCAGGCGAGCAAGAGGCCUCUUGGCACGCUGCUGAGCCAGAUAGCAGCUCAAGAAGCCAGCGAAGGUCGCGCCUUCGAUGAGUCGAAGCUCUACGCUGCCUUCGAAGAGGUCUGCGCUGUGCUGUUGCAGGCCAUGGUUCCCGUGCUGAAGGUGACGUAUGAUCGAGUGGCCAGAGAAGCCAAGCCGAAGAGAAAGAAAAAGGCCAAGUCCAAGUCCCCUAAAAAGAGCAAAGUCUCCGAGGAGGAAGAGGACGAGGAGGAGGACGCAGAGGAGGCUGAUGACGAGUAUGAUCCGAACUGCUUUCAGAUCCUUGGUGUCGAUGUGCUGCUGGACAAAAACCUUCAGCCCUGGCUCCUGGAGGUCAAUGCGCGACCUUCCAUGGAAAUUUCGAACCCAGUUCGUCUGAAGGACGCGCCACCGGGUUCAAGGCGCUGUGUUUGCCGAGAUAUGGACGGCGAGGACCAUUGCCAUGUACAAAGUGAAGUGGACGUGCGAGUGAAGCGUUUAGCUGUGGAGGGCGCGUUUCGCCUAGCAGCUGCAGAUGGCGAGCUCGCAGUUCCACCGGACGGCUUCCUGAGGAUGGACUUUGACCGCUACAGCCCUUCGGAGGCUCAAGAGACAUUGCAGGCGGUUGCAAGGAUUUUUCAAGAGGCUGGUGGUGCCAAGAAGGCGUUCACCACCUCGGGGCUGCGCCGUGCGCUGACGAAUGCCGUGAAUGCUGGUCUCGCAGCACAUGAACUCGAUACCUUGGUGACGAAGUGGAAGCACCAGGGCUACAGGCAAGACAUCCACUCCGAAGACGACAACGCCGAAAUCGGUGUGCUGGACUUCGCGGCACUGUUGCAGGAGGUCGCCCUUGUCCGGUCUGGAAAGGAGGAGGAUCCUUUAGAUGCUCUCGCUUCUUUGAUUGAGCUUUGUGAUCCUGAGCAGCGAAGGCUCCGCCAGUUCCUCGUCGCGGCCGCGCAAGCCGCUCGCGACGGGCCCUUCCUGCAGCCGCCCGGACUGAGGCUGCCACUGUCCGUGCUUCGAGCUGCAGGGGACGCCGGCAUGUGGAAUUCGGAAGCCUUCUCGAUGCUCGCGCCUAUGGUCACGGUGCUCAUCCUGGGCCCAGCAGUGAAGACCAGGCCUCCGCACCACCUGCGCGACUGGGUGCCGCGGCUCCCUCGGCCCGGCUUCGUCCGAAGUGCCUGGCGGCCCGAGGAGCUCGCAGAGACGGCCUUCCUCUUUGCGAGGAGCAGUCUGCCGUUGGAAGGCCAGGUGGCCGCGGCACUUUCGAUCACUCUGCUCGUGCACGUGUCGGUCCUGAAGGAAGCCCUGCUCGCAGGAGAAAGCGAUCACCGCCCAACACUGGAGGAGGUCGAGGUCGAUCGGCGAGUCCUUUGUUUUGCUGAGCAUUCCGUGGAGAUUUUGCGUCGCGCCGCCCGGGAGCCCUUCUUCGAGCCCUGGCGGCCCCCCAAAAAGGGCCCAGGCUUCGAGCCGACUCCUUCCGUGGAGCGCUUCGAGCCGGAGGUGCUCGAGGACGAACGCAUGUGUGCGCAGAUCGUAUGGAGGUGGCGGAAGUUGUUGCACGCAACCUCAGACCAGGGGCGCCAAGGUGCUCGACGCCGAAGUGCUGAAAUUGUCGAGGUCAAUGAGGCUCUGGACGAAGAGAGGCUUCUGCGGAGCUCUUUGCUGGCGACUGCCGCGCUUGCCGUGUUUCGAGGGCUGGGAGGUGCUGCCGGUGCUGCCUCCAGAUCCGAGCUGUUGCAGACGCUGACUUCGAGGCUAGCACCCUCAGGCUCUCCAGCGCGGGGUACACUGAGGAGCUGGCUUCGGAGGCUGCGGCUCUGCAGAGCUCGAGAGGUUGUGCUGCCAGAUGGUCGACUGGCAUCGAAGGAAAAAGUGUCCGGAACCUUGGAGCAGAGUUGCUCAGACAUGAUGGAAGCGGCUUCGUUCGUUCUGCCGGGCACAUCGCUCGUUGCACCCGUGGUUCCUGCAACGUCAGCUCCAGGCUUACCCAGACACAGCGCUGGGCGUUGGCAAGGCGCCGCAGGACCUUGUAUGGCUGCGACUGCAGCAGCUCUGUCAGCUGCUGCGACUCGACGUACCAGGUGUGCUCGCGUCGUUCGGUCCGCAUUAAGUGACAACCCCUGGGACUACGUCAACAAGCGCACCAGAACGAAGGGCAACACCCAGGGCGGCGCGCCAUGGUUCGCGCCCGGUUGGGGUGAUGAGGAGGAUGAGGAUGAUGAGGAGGAGGAGCUGGAGCGCAAGAAGCCCGUGGAGGAGUCCGUGUACUGCUGCUGGGUCAUGCCAAAGAAGAAGGCAGCAGAAUUCCUGAAGGAGUGGGCAGAGGAAGAGGAGGCAUCAGAUGAGCAGAAGGACAUCUUGCAGGGCCUGGCUUCCGCGGAAUUCAGCCAGGGCUGGACGGUCUGGGGCCUUAGCCACGCCAGCGAGGGCCGAGAUCCUGGGUUCUACUUGAUUCCGCCUGGAGAUCCACAGAUCCUGACCGUUAUGGAGGCACUCGACGAAGAAAAAGUAGACGUGCAGCACGUGGCCGUCAAACCGUCCGACAUCGGAAAAGAGACCAAGCAGGCUUUCUUGGACUGGGUCGAGUCUCUGAGGCCGAAGCUGGUGGUCGUGAAGCGCCCCAAGGAGCUGUAUGCCUUCGACCUGGGUGUGGAAGAGGGCGACGGCAAGGGGAUGAAGAAGGGCUCUGGUCCCAAAGUGAGCAAGGGACUCUGA